GACUUCCCUCUCUUUUUCCCUCUCCCUCCAAAUCAGUACUCCAAAAACCUCAGUGCCGGGAACCCGCAGAACACUCCGGUCCGAUCCAUAACCCUAGAUGGCGUCGACGUCGGCAUCUCGGUCUGAUGGCGUUUCUUCCAGAAUCAGACGCGCGGCUUCCACUGUUAACUCUGACAAUCAAUUGCUUGUAUCCGAUAUAAGGAAAGCUAUGAAUUUGAUGAAGGACAUCGCUGUAGACUUGGAGAGAGAUAAUCAAUCUGACAUGGUGAAGCAGCUAGAAAAUGCUGUUGCUGAGCUGGUAGAAGCUCAUGAAAACUGUCUACAUUAUUCAUCAGCAAUUCAUUCUGUUGCAGACGCAUACCGACCAGGGCCUGAGUUAACUGAUUUUAAGAAGUUGCUUGACACCGAGUUUGAAAAAGUCAAAGCUGGUUCAUCUUCACAUCCACAAAAUCAUCCACUGAUGCAUCAGUUCCAGCAAGCUGUCUGGAACGUUCAUCAUGCUGGACAACCAAUGCCAGGUGAAGAGCAGGAGGAUAUUAUUAUGACCAGUACAGAGAGCAGUAUUAAGAAUCUUAAAUGUCCAUUGACUGGAAAGCAUAUUACUGAACUAACAGAACCAGUUCGCAGCAUGGACUGCAAGCACAUUUACGAAAAGAAUGCUAUCCUGAUCUACAUAAAAUCUCAUCAUAACAAUGCCAAAUGCCCCGAAUCAGCUUGCCCUAAGAUGGUGCAUGCAAAAAGAGUUAUUUGCGAUCCAUUGUUACUCGUUGAGAUAGAGGAGCAAUGCACAUUGAGUAGACAGACUGCUAGAACUGAUGUGGUAGAAGAUUUCACAGAAAUGGAGCCUCAUGAUGAAGAUAGUACGUGAUGGAAGCAGUUGCUCAUGCCCCAUUUGACAUCUCAGUUUUGAGUCAUUGUAGCCUCUCCUAGCUAAUUAGAAUCCCUGGUUUAUAUAGCUUUAAUGCAUAUAAUUAGAAGUGCAAGUAUGCAAACUAAGGAAACCAGUGAGAUAUAUACAGGAAGGAAUGUGUAUAUUGGGGGUGAUUGAAGGAGUUGAUUUGGAUCUAUGUUUAUUCCUGAAGUGCUUUGACAUCAUCUAUAUGGUUUGGUUGUGAUGGUAGAAAAGUGAGGCAUCUUCUCAAUGGUCUAUUUUCAGUUGUUUCUCAGACAUGUUCAUAAAAUGUGUUUUUAUGAUUAAGGUUAGGAUGACCAAAAGAAAGAGAGGAAAAUGAUGUUAAUAAAGUAGAUUUUUUUUGUCGAUUAUAA